CGCAAGGCGGGGUACAUCCUGGACAGGUCGCCAGUCCAUCGCAGGGCCACACAGUAACAUUCCUUCUGUCAAGUUACCCUCCCUCCCCAGAAGAUUGAGAUGGUGUCCCUCAAAUAUAAGGGUUUCCUGAGGACAAAGCUCAAAUCAGAGCUUGAGAUAGUUGUCAGCAGUCUGAAGAAGGAGAAUGCCUAUCUGAAGAAGACACUGGUUGAGUUGUCUCGUCAACAUUCAGAACAUUAUAAGCUUGUGGAGAGAUUCCUCUCUCAUCAAACUGUCAGGCUUGAGAGCUGUCAGCAGGUGACCAAAGACGAGAAGAGAGCUUUGCCGUCAGAGCAGCUGAGUGAGAAAGACGGGGCGCUGAUGCACGUAGACUCUGCUUCAGACCAAUCAGCUGCAACCAACAACGAAAUAGAGCUCCAAAAUCAGCUCAGUGAUGCCUUGGAGAAGAACAAGCAGUGGCUGGAAUAUGACCAGCAGAGAGAGGCCUAUGUGAGGGCAAUUAUGGCCAGAAUGUUAUGGCUGGAGAAGCAGCUGAACGAAGCCAGUCAGGCCCGCUCACAGCAGCACAAUGAGGACCAUUCAGAUGAGAAGGAGCAAUUAAAGCGGAUUCAGGAGCACUAUGAAAGACUCUUACAGAAAGCCAAAGACGAGCUGGAGGUGCUCAGGGAGCAGGUCGAUGUGACCCAGCAGAACCUGAUAAUAACCCAAAAGUGUUUAUUGUUUAGGUGCGACGAAAGGGAGAGUGAGGUGGAGGAGCUCAAGCAGCAGCUGCAGACCGAAAAAAUGAGCAGAAAAAGUGCACCGGAAGAUCAUCGUUACUCUGAGGAUGAAGAGCAAUGGCUGAGGGAUGAGACCAAAGACCUCCAGUGCAGACUGGAUGAGGAGAAGCGCAGGUCGGCAAACUUUGAGCUGCAGUCCAGUGUCUUUCAGAAGUUUAUGUUAAAUCGUCACCAUGCAGACCAGAAAAAGAUUGCAGAUCUUGAGCGACAGAUCAAGAUUUCUUCACACGACCUUGAGGAUGAGAGGCAGGAUUGUUCAUAUUUAAAGAAGCAAAUGGUCAGAGUUCUGAAGAUGCUGCAAAAAACUAAAGACCACACGACAAAACAGUCAAAGAGAGACCAGCGGGAUCAAAGCACAGGUGAAGCGGCACACCCACCCUACCUGCCCUCCAGAGAUAGCUUUACAUACUCCCCUCACAGCAGCUUGGUAAAUGAAAGCUUCCUGGAGUGUCCCAGCUGCCGGGCCGAGUAUCCUGCCAGUCACUACCGAGAACUGAUGAACCACCUAGAAAUCUGUCUAGACUGAGCUGAACUGAGAACUUCUUCACUUCUGGAUCUUCUGUAAUAUAGAUUGGGUUUUACCUGUGUAACCAGUCGUACAAGUUAUUUUAAUAAACAGUGUUGAGUUGC